AUGUCGGAGAGAAAAGCGCAGCAUGACGGUGUUGAGUCGAAGGGCGGUGGUCUGGUCUUCCGGCCUGAGAGCGUCCGAGUUGGCGAUGUUAUUACCUGUACAGAGGAUGGUCGGAAGCCUCAUACUCUCUUCCCCACCGAUCAUCCCCCCCCCUUGAUCGGGUGCCCACCUGGUAUCUCCAAUCCAGAAGCUCUGGGAUUCUGGGACGGAGCUCCCAAGACCUCGCCCAGCCCUAUCCGUGACCCUGUGCUUGGCUGGACGGAUUUCUGGUUCGCCAUAGAGAGGACAAUCAACCGCGCCACCAUUACGGACACAUUACGGCACCCCAAACAGCCCCUCUUCUCCAACAAGUUCAAAGCCCAAAAGCCUGCAGGCGACCAACUAGGCCGCCCAAUCCGCCAAGGGGACCAUAAUUGCGCAUUGCCCCAGCCAAUCCGACGCGUCGCUGGCAGGGAUCUGCGCGGCGAUGAUCACAGCCGGAGCACCCGUGCUAUGAAGUCAGCGCCCCCAGUUCUUGGAUUCCAUCUCUCCUGCAAAGAUUCGGCACAUUCACCCACCACCGAGGACAAGAGGAAGAGAGGACGAGGACGAGAAAUCAGAGAGGCAGCAGGUCGAGAUCGGACGCCUCUAGGGUGCCUCGAGACAUACUGUCCUGCUCUCAACUCUUCCCCCCUCCACCGCCGCCUCGUCCAGGAUGCGUCUGGCAUCCUCACCAUCAUGAUGGUCGCUCAUAUUCUCCCCGUGCAGGUUUCGUCGCGAUCAGACUCCGACAGUCAAGUAUCCUCGCCCGAUCUCGUCGCGCCGUUAUCGCUCUCCAACCUCAUCCGCACUCGCUCGGCCCGGCGCCGACCGGUCUGCCUCAGUGCGACCGUCGAGGAGCAAUUCCCCAAGCAGCAACCUUCCCUCAGCCGUCGCGGUUCCCUCCUCAGAAAGCUGGCGGGCCCACGCGAGAACGCGAAGCGAUUCCUUCGCCUACGCUCGGCCGGGGUCCCGUCGCCCGCGCCGUCCCCGCCACAGCGCCCCAAUCCCCGCUGCAGCGGCGCCCGCCCCGUUUCGGAGAUAAUCGUAUCCUCGGGGCGCUCGAGAGAUUCCCCACCGUCUUUCGAAGAAGGCGAGAUGCGCUCGGAUUCGUCUUCCAUGGCAACCGACGUGCUGGCCCGGGCGCUACCCGAGCAUCCCACUGCUGUGCCCGAGUUGUCCACGCCAUUUCCCGCCCUCCGCAACGAGAAGAUUGUCGCGACGGGGAGUGGGCUUACAGUGGGAAUCGUGUUAACCGAGCCGGUUCUCUAUCUGCAAGGCUAUGACCAACAUGACCCCAGUUCCAAGAAGUCGGCGAUCCUGAGGGGCCAGAUUCACUUGAAGGUGACCAAGUGCGUCAAGAUCAAGAAGAUUUCCAUUUGUUUCCGGGGCCAUGCCCAGACGGAUUGGCCAGAUGGCAUUCCACCCAAGAAGAUCCAUUUCCAUGAUAAGAAAGACCUAUUUACUCACGGCGUCGUCUACUUCAACCACGGCGAAACUGCCUUGAUGCAAAAUGACUAUGGAGCGCACUACUUCCAGCAUGCGAAACCGACCUCCCCCGUCCCUGGAAAGGAGGGGGUCACCGCAACAACGCGCGAACUAUUUUCCAAGAGCGGCUCGAACACCUCCCUCGGCCCGAUGAUCGGGAAAGAUGCCAAACGCCUCUCCGUACAGACCACGCGGGGCCACUCGAGAAGCUUCAGUAAGAACGAGCCUCCCGUGACCACCCAGGCUCAACCCCAGCGCAACUACCGCAUGUUCCCCGUGGGCGACUACCUCUACAGCUUCGAGUUCCCCAUCGACGGUUCCCUACCCGAGACCAUCAAAACCGAUAUGGGCUUCGUACGAUACGAUCUGGAGGCCAUUGUCGAGCGCUCAGGCGCAUUUCGGCCCAACCUACUCGGUACUCUCGAAAUCCCUGUGAUCCGCACGCCCGCCGAAGGCUCGCUCGAGCAGGUUGAGCCCAUUGCCAUCUCGCGCAAUUGGGAGGACCAGCUCCACUAUGACAUCGUGAUUUCGGGCAAAUCCUUCCCCCUGGGUUCCCACAUCCCGAUUGCGUUCAAGCUGACACCACUCGCGAAAGUCGAGUGCCACCGCAUCAAGGUCUACGUGACAGAGAACAUCCAGCAUUGGACCGCUGAUAAAAGCGUGCACCGGUUGCAGCCAGCGAGGAAGGUGCUGCUGUUUGAGAAGCGCGCGGAGUCGGCGAGUACCAGCACGUAUCCUGGCAGCUCGAUGCGCAUUACCGCGGGCGGUGGCAUUGACUGGGAUCACCGUGCGGCCGCCGCGCGCGGGGGAGGAGAUUGUGGACCGUUCCCGGACCAACUUGCUGGCCCUCACAGCUCAUCAUCAAGACUGAUCCACAUUUCCCAGAUUGUCCUUCGCCUUUCCAAGGUCGACGAGCGCGACCCAACCAAGCGCAGACAUUUCGAGAUCUCCAUCGAUUCGCCCUUUCACAUCCUUUCCUGCAAGGCCACCCAAGCAAACAUCUACCUCCCCGCCUACAGCCGACCCGCCACGGACCCAGACCCGCCAGCCCAAGAAUUCGAGUGCGGGUGCCCCGGCGCACCACCCGCGGCGCGGGACCAUUCCCUCGGCCACGCCAACUCUGACCGCGAAGACUCCAUCUCGAAUCCCAACCGCCGCAACUCCCUCACGCCUGUCUCCCGCAGCUUCACGAAUGGAUCAGGCGGUCUUGCACGCCCGCCACAGGCCCACAUCGCACACGAGCCGAGCAACGAGCGGGAUGUCCUCCCUCGUCCAAUGCAUCUCGUUCGCGCGCCCUCGUUCGCACCACCCGCUUUCGAUGAUGUGCCCCCGCCCCCGCCCCUCGUCACUCCGCCGCCGGAGUACACUUCUAUCGUGGGCAAUAAUGACCGUGAGGCGGUUCUGGAGGAUUACUUUUCCCGACUUUCUUUCUAUGAAGAGCAGGAUGACGAACGCGGUCUUGGUCGUGUCGAUGUACCUCUAACACCCGGAGGACGCGUGAACCGCAGCAUGGAUGUGCCGCGGGAGUGGGUGCGCAUCGAGGACUUCACUGCGUCAUAA